UCAGGCACAGCACCACAACAUCUUCUCUUGUUUCUGCACUCCCCUGAUAUUGUCACUGUUAUCUGGUGCUCUCAGGGAGGCUGUGGCAUUUGCAACAGCUGAGUCAGGCACUGCCCUUGGCAUUCCUGCCAUGCAAGGGUGUCCAUGGGAAUGGGGUGUCCAAGCUUCCCUGGGACCUGUGGGGCUGAGGGCAGAGCAGUCCAUGGGAAAGGGGAAUGAGCUGAGUCCCUCCCUGAGAUCCCAUCAUGGGCACACCCGGGGAUCUCCUUGCUGUGCCCUUCCCAGCUCUGAGCUGCCCUCCUGGGUACAGAUCUGUGCCAGAGUCUCCGGGAGAUCCCUGAAUAUCCCACGGGGAAGUGCAGAGCUGCCACAGCUGAGGAAAUGCUGCUGGGUUGGCCAAGGGAGCUGUGAGUGUCCUUGGCACAAGGGGCUGCUGAGACCUUGCCCAGAGACCUUCGGAGAGGGUGAGACAUUCAGGGAUCCCUCUACUCUGGGCAGGGUCUGGUUUAUCCCAGGGUGACCUGGGAGUGUGAUUGUGCUCUGAUUGCAGCCAAAGGUGCAAAGCCAGGGCAGUUGGGAACAAGCCCAUCCAGCCCCUCACCUUCCCUCAGCCACAGGGAAUCCUUUGCCUCUCACAUCUCUCAGUGGCAAACUGAGUGCAGCAGGAAUGCUGGGGAUUUCUGACUUCAGAGAACCAGGAAUGAUGUGUGGGUAGGAAAACAAUUCCUAAAUCCAACUCCUGACAUCUGUUUUCUUUAGAAAUAUGAGUACAGAUGCUACCAAGCCUUUCUGCAUUAGGUGUGAUUCCACUGACAAAUCCUGGAUAUACAGCCUUGUCCCUCUGCCACAUGGCCAUAAACCCAGUGCAGCAGGGAUGGCUCCUUGAGAGCCCCCAUGCACAGCCCUGGCUGCUCCUGGCACACUCAGCAAGCACAAUUGGAGCUCAGGCAGGGACCUGGGUGAAGGUUUUCCCAGAGCAGGAACAAGGCUGGGUGAGUCCCAGCAGGACAGUCGACAGGGAAUGGCCCAGGUUUGGCUCAAAGCAGCCUCUCCUGACUUGUCACUGUCCUUCAUCCAUGAACCAUGGCCCAUGGCCAGCCACAGCCAAUGUCCAACAGCAGCUCCAUCAGCCACUUCCUCCUGCUGGCACUGACAGACCCGCGGCAGCUGCAGCUCCUGCACUUCUGCCUCUUCCUGGGCAUCUCCCUGGCUGCCCUCCUGGGCAACAGCCUCAUCAUCAGCGCCAGAGCCUGCGGCCACCACCUGCACAUGCCCAUGUUCUUCUUCCUGCUCAGCCUGGCCCUCAGUGACCUGGGCUCCAUCUGCACCACCGUCCCCAAAGACAUGCACAAUUCCCUCUGGGGCACCAGGGACAUCUCCUACAAAGGAUGUGCUGCACAGCUCUUUUUCUUUCUGUUUUUUGUCUCAGCAGAAUAUUUCCUGCUCACCAUCAUGUGCUACAACCACUAUGUGUCCAUCUGCAAACCCCUGCACUAUGGGACCCUCCUGGGCAGCAGAGCUUGUGCCCACAUGGCAGCAGCUGCCUGGGCCAGUGCCUUUCUCUAUUCACUGCUGCUCACAGCCAAGACAUGUUCCUUGCACCUGUGCCAGGGCAAUGCCCUGGGCCAGUUCUUCUGUGAAAUCCCACACAUCCUCAAGCUCUCCUGCUCCAAAUCCUACCUCAGGGAACUUGGGCUCAUUGCAAUCAGUGCCUAUUUGGUAUUGGGUUGUUUUGUGUUCAUUGUUUUCUCCUAUGUGCAGAUGUCCAGGGCCGUGCUGCGGAUCCCCUCUGAGCAGGGACGGCACAAAGCCUUUUCCACCUGCCUCCCUCACCUGGCCGUGGUCUUUCUGUUCCUCAGCACUGCAACAUCUGCUCACCUGAAGCCCCCCUCCAUCUCCUUCCCAUCCCUGGAUCUGGCCCUGUCAGUUCUGUACUCGGUGGUGCCUCCAGCCCUGAACCCCCUCAUCUACAGCCUGAGGAACCAGGAGCUCAAGGCUGCACUGUGGAGACUGAUGACUGGAUGGUUUUGGAAGCAUUAAACUGCUGACCAAUUUCUGCAAAUCACUUGUAAUAAAAGUAAUCUUUUAUACUUCU